CUGUUGGGUCACUCCUGUGACUAGCGUGAGUGGCCUGCUGACCAGUGAGCAUAACAAAGACAUCGGUGUAGCAAAGAGAAUAUAUCAGAGAGAAGUACAAAGGGGAAACAGAAGUAUUUGGGCUUCCCUAGCAGUCUGGACCUGGGUUUCUAGACAUUGUUAUACUUGCAACCAGAAGAAAUGGCCGAGUUGAAGUAUAUUUCUGGAUUCGGAAAUGAAUGUUCCUCAGAGGACCCUCGGUGCCCAGGUGCUCUGCCAGAAGGACAGAACAAUCCUCAAGUCUGCCCCUACAAUCUGUAUGCUGAGCAGCUCUCAGGAUCGGCUUUCACUUGUCCACGGAGCACCAAUAAGAGAAGCUGGCUAUAUAGGAUUCUACCCUCAGUUUCUCACAAGCCUUUUCAAUCCAUUGAUGAAGGCCACAUCACUCACAACUGGGAUGAAGUUGAUGCUGAUCCUAACCAGCUUAGGUGGAAGCCAUUUGAGAUUCCAAAAGCAUCUCAGAAGAAAGUGGACUUUGUGAGCGGCCUGCAUACCCUCUGUGGAGCUGGAGACAUCAGGUCUAACAAUGGGCUUGCUGUCCACAUUUUCCUCUGCAACACCUCCAUGUUAAAUAGAUGCUUUUACAAUUCAGAUGGAGACUUCUUGAUUGUUCCUCAGAAAGGGAAACUUCUCAUUUAUACUGAGUUUGGAAAGAUGCUUGUGCAGCCCAAUGAGAUCUGCGUCAUUCAGAGAGGAAUGCGGUUCAGCAUAGAUGUCUUUGAAGAGACCAGGGGGUACGUCCUGGAGGUCUACGGUGUCCACUUUGAGUUGCCUGAUCUGGGACCAAUUGGAGCUAAUGGUUUGGCCAACCCUCGUGAUUUUCUGAUACCCGUUGCCUGGUAUGAAGAUCGUCAAGUGCCAGGGGGCUACACAGUAAUUAAUAAAUACCAGGGGAAGCUGUUUGCUUCAAAGCAGGAUGUCUCCCCAUUCAACGUUGUAGCCUGGCAUGGAAACUACACCCCCUAUAAGUACAACCUAGAGAACUUCAUGGUCAUCAAUGCAGUGGCUUUUGACCAUGCAGACCCGUCAAUUUUCACUGUGCUGACUGCCAAGUCUGUCCGCCCAGGAGUGGCCAUUGCAGAUUUUGUCAUCUUCCCACCUCGAUGGGGUGUUGCUGAUAAGACUUUCAGGCCCCCUUAUUACCACAUUGUUGUACUGUCUGAGUACAAGCCACACUAACGUCCUUUCACAAAUGAAGUCACAAACCUCAGCAAGUACAACCACAGCAACAGAAGUAAAGAUUAAUGCAGUUCAACCAAAACCAUUUAGCCAAGCAACACCUCCACUCCAAAAACAAAAACAAACAGACAAACAAAACAAAAAUUUAAAAAGGCAAAGCAAGAAUGGAUAAUCAUGAAAAACAACUGUCAACUAUAAAUUCUGGAGAUAUUAGGUAGAGAAGGAAAAGGAGAAAAGAGAGAGAAGGAGUCCACUCUGAGUCAGACUUUUUCCACAAGAUAAUUCACAAACAAGUGCCAGUGAAUACAGAAAAAGAGAAAAUCAGCAAAAGAAAAAAUAUUUUUCAGAUCAGUUAGGAGGAAAGAAAAAGAAAAGUGGAGAAAAGAGAGAAAAGCAAGUUCUUCCCACAAUGGAGAGCACACCCAAUCACCUAUCAAUGGAAAAACAACAGCAGCUAAUUUUGGUCAACCUGGAGAGAAGGAAAAACAGACAAGAGCAAAUAAUAAUAAUAAUAACCCCUAACAAUCAACCUGAAGAUUAAAGCAUUCUAGAUUGGCUGCACAUAGCCUUGCCCCCUUCAUCAACUAAGCAAAAACAAUUACAGGAAGCAACUAUCAAAUAAACUCAAGAGGUAAAGGGAAGAAAGACAGGUAACCUAACCCAAACAAUACUGAAGGAGACUACUGUCACAGCCCCAGCAGAGGCACCAAUUGAUAAGGUAUUCUGCCACUUAGAUAGAGUUCCAGCCCCCUUCAAAAAGAAAAAAAAAAUAAGUCUUUGCUUGGGGAAAUAUCCCCCCUCCUUUGGAUGAUUCUCCUGCUAAGCCUGGAAUCUUGGUAAAGAAAUUAGCUCCACAGGAGGCAUACCAAUCUGCAUAUGGCUCUCUCACCCCUCUGAUGUGGGUGUUGGCCUUGGGACUGAGGGGGGGGGGGACAGAGAGAAAUAGCAAAACCCACAGACCUGUGUUUCCUUUGUCCUUUUCAGUCUUUGUUUGCCAGCUUAAGGGUGGGUUAUAUGACUCCUCCUUGGUUGGAGCCACCUUGACCCCCACCCCCCUUACUCCUUCUCCACCACUGGCCCAGAAAUCCUACCCUCACCUGAAUGCCCAGGUUUAAAGCAGCCUCCUUACAGAGCUCACACCAGGUGUUGUCUCCAAGCUGCCAUCUUGGCUUUGCCCCCAAGAUCUUUCUUCUUAAUAAAGAAGUAACAUUUAGCUAGACUUAGAGAAAAAGAAGAACUUGCUAAUUGAAAGGUUAGGAUUGGGCUGGAGUAGGGUGGGGAGGAACAUUCGAAGAAAAAGUCUAUGGGUUCAAGGAACUGAAAGAAGAGUGUAUAUAGGGAGCCCACAAGGCUACUUAAGUCAACCAAGUAAAAAAACAUGGUCCUGGACUGAUGCAGUAGCAAUAGAAACAGAGGUGGAUAAAGUGUAUAAUAUUUUGGAGUAACCUGAAUGAAUGUGCUAAUGGAUUAAGUUAAAGAGGAGUGGAGGACUGAGGUUACUACUGGGUUUAUUAUAAUGGUAUGUGUCUUUUUUUUUUUUUUUUUUGUAUUUCUGACUCAAACUAAUUACUUUUUAUUCCAUUGUUAAAGGUUUCUUCCCUCCUUAAUUCUAAGUAUUCCUCAUAGGGUGUCCCUCACCCCCAAUAUCUUAAACUUUUAAUCAGCAAAGUGAGAAGACAUGCACCAGAGAAGCAUGUGGGCCAUUUGGACAAAAAUGACCCUAUGUGGGAAGCUGAUGCCCAUUUUUAUUCACUUCUAAGGGUCUGUUUCCAUUUCCUUUCUAAAUCACACCUAUAGCUCUUAAAACUUGUAGAUAUCCUUCCCUUUUCUUCUUUCCUCUCAGGUAAGGGAAAUAGUGCCUCACUUCCUCAGGUGUUCUUUAGAUUCUGUUCCCUCUCAGUGAUGGGGCAAAAAUAAAUGUUCCUGGUUACAAAAAUUCUGGUGGCAAAAAUGGAACUGGGCUUCAGAGCCUUUGAUCAUAUUUCUCUAACAUUUCCCUUCUGGGAGUAUAGACCAAAAUCCUUUUUGGAGCAAUGCAGAAGAAAGGAGUUCAGGCUUUUGUAACUGAUUCUCUGCUGGACAUGGACAUUGGCCAGUUGAUUCAUACUCCCAGUUAUUUCUAUCUUUCCCUAGUAAGAUAGGGUUCAUGGCAGUGGUAUUUCAUGACCUCAAGUAACAAGGUGAAGAUAUCUUUGUUGG